ACUGCUACAUGCCCAACACAAAUCUGAAGUAAGGUGUUGUUUACGCGCUUCGCGGGAACAUAAUUUCACAGAAGAGAAUGGAGACUCUGGUGCAUUACACCAACCCAUCACACGGCAUUGCCCUGCUUGGCGUCCUCAAUGAGCAGAGAAUGAAGGAGCAGCUUUGUGAUGUCAUCUUGAUCGUAGGGGACCAGAAGUUCCGGGCCCACAAGAGUGUUCUGGCAGCGAGCUGUGAGUAUUUCCAGGCCUUGUUUGCCAGGAGAGAGUGUGAGGCCCGCACAGUGGUGCAGCUGGACUUCUGCGAGCCAGACGCCUUCGAGAAUGUUCUCAAUUAUAUUUACUCCUCAUCUCUCUUUGUGGACAAAGGAAGCAUGGCCGCCAUUCAAGAGCUCGGGUACAGUUUAGGGAUCCCUUACCUGACCAACAUACUGUCAAAAAAGCCUCACGUCACUUACAGUGUCUCCAGAAAGAGAACAUCCUUUUCAGAUGUGGGCGACGGCAGUGGUCAGAAAAGCAGUGUAAUUGUUUGCCAGAGUUCCCAUGAUAAACCUGACGGAAGUUCCUCUCCAGUUAAAGAACCAGAUCCACAAGGAGUAACUGAACCAAAGCAGACGUCUGCCUUGAAGACUGGACAGCCAUCCCUGCCUGCGCAACAACACUGUCAACACACAGAGUGCAACAAACCAAAUAAAACCUCUGGAAAUAUUCUUUCCACCCUCAGGAAAUUUACUACAGAAUUCGCGGAUAGAAGUCCUGACACCCAGCCAAGCCCGUUAUCCUCUGCCGAUAGGGUGGGCCACGCGUUAGCAGUGCGACCACAGCGCACCUCCUCCAUUUCCUUCACCGAAUCUCAAAUACGGCUCAGCAGGUUACAGCCAGAUACAGCAGGCUCCAGUGCAGAGCAGCCGCUGACCGCACACAAUUCCAAACAAGCAUCUCCAGCUCGGGCAGGUGAACCGAGACGGGCAGUCGACAGAAGUGGUCCUCUCGUCAAAAGCCUGUUGCAGAGAUCGCUGUCGAUGGACAGCCCUGUCCCGGUCUCCUCUCCAGCAUUGCAGUUUAACGCUGAACAAAUUCAAGCCGAGUCUGUGGUGGGGACGUUGAAAGAGAAGUCCAUGGAUAGAGAACAUAGAGAAUGUACAGAGAAGAAACUUGCGGAGUUUAAACUGUUGAAUGUAAAAUCCAAACUCCACAGGUACAAUGACGUAGAUGCCUGUGAACCUGAGGUCAGUGUGAAAACUGAGCCAUGCAGCCCUGAGGUUGACUCAUCUGACAUUAUACAGGUCACCGUUGGAGAGAAUGUGCCAGUUAAUUUAAAAGAGUUUCAAAUUAAUUUUGAUGGAGGGUCCCAGGGCCCCUCCAUCCGCUCUGGAAAAAGACAGAUUAAACCGGAUAUUGGAAGGGGUCCACUGAAAAAAGCAAGGAGUAUGAAUGAGUACAGUUUUACAGAAGACAGUAAGACUAGCAGCACACCCCACAGCUUUGACAUGGAUGUCAGUGAUGGCUCAGGUGAAUCCAGGAAGAACAGAAAGUUCAAGUGCUGGCAGUGUUUAAAGGUGUUCCGAUCCAAGACUGGGUUUUGCCGCCAUGUGAACAUGUUUCACAACCCAGAGAAGCCCUACGCCUGCGACAUCUGUCAUAAGCGCUUCCACACAAACUUCAAAGUGUGGACCCACUGUCAGACGCAGCAUGGAAUAUUGCAAAACCCAGCUGCUUCCUCUAGCUCCACCGCAGCACCGGAAGAAAGUUCCCCGAGGAAACUGGUCGACACUGCGCAGGAGAAGGAGACAAAGAGAAGCGCAGUCGUGAAGUACAGACGGAAUAAGCAUGGCGGUCUGCAGUCUCAGCCACCGAACAAAAGGAGUUUAAGGUCCAGGUCCAAAAUCCACACAUGCCCUUACUGUCCAGAGGUGUUCUGGCUCCAGUCUCUGUUCAGCCAGCAUCUAAGCAUGCACGCCGCUGAGGGCUCUGAUCUCGAGGCAGAAGAAGGUUCUCCGCUCUCAAACGAGGCGGAGACAGACACGGCAAAGCGUGGCAAAGGCAAGGUGUACUCCUGUAGGUUUUGCGGUGAGAAACUGAGCUCUGCGUUUGAGUUGGGAGACCACGAGAGGGGCUGUCACCCUGCCGCAUUGUGCCCGUACUGCGGUCUCGUGUUCUCAAGCCCCACGAGAAAGAGAGAGCACGAACGCCACUGCGCCUACAAGAAGCUCACCUGCCUCGACUGCAUGCGCACUUUCAAAUCCUCCUUCAGCAUAUGGAGGCACCAGGUGGAGGUGCACAAUCAGAACACGAUGACCGUUGUGGACCAGCUGUCUUUCCGUCCCGCAGCCCACAACGGCGAAGUGGGCAGCUUCAAGACCGCGGGGAACUCCGGAGAGGAGGCGGGGUUCAGCGACUCCUCUGAGCCAGGCAUGUUCGACUCCGAGGACUCCUCCCUCAUGGUGGAGGAUCUGAGCGUGGCCCGGAGCCAGGAUGAAGUGAGGGUGAAGGAGGAGCCGCCGGAGGAGGCUGUGGCGGACAGUGCCGGAGUGGCGUCUGCGGAAGCAGGCCCGGGGGAGUCCCGCGUGUGGCCGUGUGAGAAGUGCGGCAAAGUCUUUGGCACGCAGAAGCACCUGGAGCAUCACCAGGAGCUGCUGUGUCACAUCAAACCCUUCAUCUGCCACAUCUGCCACAAAGCCUUCAGAACCAACUUCCGUCUCUGGAGUCACGUCCAGACCCACGUAUCCGCCGCAGAGGGGUUAGAAGCCAGGGAGAAUGACAGGUGUCCCUCCUCUCCCUCCCCCUCACCACCUCCAGCCACAGUAGCCUCUAAGUCACCUGUGCGACAGGUAUCCUCACCCGACCCCCCACCAUCUACGGUAGCAGCAGCUGGCUCCUCUCCGGCUAAGCUUACAAAGCCAGAACAGGAGACCUCAGCCGAUAGCUCCACUGCUAAGAUGGAUGCGUCCGACCAGCAUCCCAGCCCUCAGGAAUCAGACUCUCUGUUUUACCACGCCCCUGCCAUGUCAGCCUUGACUUUUAAGAGGAAGCACAUAUGCAAAAUAUGUCACCGCACUUUCAAGACAGCUUUCAGUCUUUGGAGUCAUGAACAGAGCCACACUAAUCCGUGA